UAGCUGCAAGUCAUUGGGAGGGGAAGCUUGGCGAUGUUUUGUGUGAGGAGAAUAACAGCGUGACUCUGUCAGUGGUAGAAAAGUAACGAAUGACUUGAGGAAACGGUGUUUCUGUUUGUAGCCAUGGACUGGAUUGCUCAGGGAGUGCUUUACGCCGUCUUGUGCCUACUUUGUGGAGAGAGCACGGUUCUGUUUGGAAGUUGCGCACCGAAUGUGAGCGCUGGUGAUGACACCUUCAGUAUCCAGCACGAAAGCACAGGCAAAUGCUUCCUGGCUCAGGAGGGCUCUCUGACACUGGGAGACUGUUCUACAGCGACGGCCCAGUCGUGGAAGUGGGGCUCAGGACAUCGGAUCUUCCACACGGGUUUAUCUGCCUGCCUGGGACUGGACAUUCUCUCCAAAACGCUGUCUCUCACCAGCUGUUCCAACGAUGCCGUUUUGCAAUGGCGCUGCUACGAGGGCUAUAUUAUCACCACCUUUCAGAUGAAGCUGAGCGUCACCGCCAACGGCACCGUGACAACCAGACGGGACACGUCUGAUUCCUGGAGACGGGGAGGCACUACGGAGGACAUCUGUGAACAGCCAUACCAAACCAUUCACACUAGCGAUGGUAAUUCUAACGGUGCACCCUGCACGUUCCCCUUCCUGUACAAUAACACCUGGCACCACAGCUGCCUUCCUCCCAGUGCCGCCAACUCUCUCAGCUGGUGUUCCACAACUGAGAACUAUGAUGAGGAUCACAAGUGGGGAAACUGUCUAAUAUAUGAGGAAGGAUGCGGUGAAUUAUGGCAUGGCCCUUUCGAUGGUCGGUGUUACCAGGUGGUUUCCACCGCGAUGGUAUCUUGGCACGAGGCGCGGGAUGCCUGCCGUAGUCAGGGUGGAGACUUGCUCAGUGUAUCCAGUCCUGAAGAACUGCAGAAGUUACCGAAAGAUUUACCCGAGCAGCUGUGGAUCGGGCUGAACCAACUGGACUGGAUGCAGGGGUGGCAGUGGUCAGAUGAAUCACCUUUAGUUUAUUUCCCCACUGACGAAGUCCAGCACACUUGGAUGUCACCGGAGUGUGGGGUGAUUCGCCCUAAUUUGCGCUUUGGUAGCGAGUCGUGUGACAAGAAGCUGCCGUAUGUCUGUGAGAAAAAAGAGGACAGCAGCCAGAGAGAGACUACAGAUAACCAGGUGUACAAGGUGACACAGUGCGAGAGUGGAUGGUUCCCACUGCAAGGUUAUUGCUAUAACCUUUAUGGAACCCUGAUGACGGAAAGGAAGCAGUACGCAGACGCGCAGGAAGUGUGUGUGAAAAACGGCGCUCAGCUUGCCAGCAUCCACAGUGUGGAGGACAUGCAUAUGCUCACCACGCAUUUCACAGGAAAGACCCUGAACCCAUGGAUAGGUCUAAAGGCUGAGAGCAACAGCGAACUCUUUAUGUGGGAAGACGGAACCAACGUGUCAUUUACGUACUGGGCACGUAAUCAACCAAUAAUACUGAACACCACAAGCUGUGUGGUGCUCUCUGACUUGAUACAUACAUGGUCUGUAGACUCUUGCAGCGCAUCAAAGUCCUUCCUGUGCAAGAAACCCGGCACGGUUAAUGCGAGCGCUACAGAAACUAGCUGCCCACAAGAUGGGGAUUGGAGAAGGUAUAAGAAUUCAUGUUAUAAAGUUGACCCUCGGAACGUCUCUUAUAAGAACAGCUGUAAACUCAUCAUUAACGACAGAUUUGAGCAGGCUUUCAUUAACAGUCUGCUGAAGGAGCAUGUAAGCAGUAAGCGGCAGUAUUUCUGGACCGGGCUUCAGGACACUAAAGGCACAGGAGAAUACCAGUGGUCCAGCCAAGACGGACAAACAAGCAGAGUCGCGUAUGUCAACUGGAAAUGGAGAGAACCAGCUAAAGAAGGAGGGUGUGUAGCAAUGUCCACACGCCCAAUGGGUCAGUGGUCUGUGGAGAACUGCACCGAGUUUAAAGCUGGUAGUAUCUGCAAGACUCCAAUCGCUUCUGAACCUCCUGCUCCAACGUCACCAGCUGACCCUAAACUCAAUGACACCUGCCCUCCAGGAUGGGUUUCCCGACAAGGAAUGAAGUAUUGUUACAAGGUGUUCACCGAAGAGAGAGUGAGUCGUAAGCGCUCGUGGGAAGAGGCCGAGCAGUUUUGCGAAGCGCUCGGAGCUCAUCUGCCCAGUUUCACGGAGCAGGAGGAGAUGAGUUUACUCCACGAUAUUAUGAGAGACUCUGUUAGUGACGAUCGCUACUUCUGGGUUGGCUUAAAUCGGCGAAAUCCAAACAACGACAACCGAUGGGAGUGGAGCGACGGGCAACCUGUGUCCAUGAAGAUAUUUCCAGAAGAAUUCCAUGAGGAUGAUGAGUAUAACCGAGACUGCACUGCCUUUAAGUCGCUGAAAAAACGCUACAUCCUGCUGUUCGUUUUCCUGACGGCGGAAGGUCCUAAUCAGUUUUACCCCAGAGCCUUUCACUGCGACGCUAAGCUGGAGUGGGUGUGUCAGAUCCCACGAGGUCAAACCCCAAAGAAACCUGAAUGGUAUAAUCCAGACGGACACCAUGACACCUCGGUGUUUAUGGACGGACAGGAGUUCUGGUUUGUAAACCAGCCGAGGUUAUCCUACGAAGAGGCGAGCAUAUACUGCAGCAGCAACAAAAGCAAACUAGCCACACCUCAGACGUUCAACGCGGCCAGACAUCUGCACGAACAUCUCUAUAAGCAUGCGGGUAUGGAGUAUUGGUGGGUGGACCUUCGUGAUCCUGGUCCUCUUAUUCCUUUAAGGCUCGCUCGUCUGCACAUCUAUCACGCUAAGUUCCUCGGCAGAUGUACUUCACUUAGCCCUGGAUCCUUCACACCAGAUUUCCAGAUAAGAUGCGACGCCAAACAGCCAUUUGUGUGCGAGACGUUGAACGUCACGUCUUCAGAGGCCGGAACGGAAGAGCCCCACCCCCCCGGCAAACCAUGCGAGGACGGCACGCUUGCCUUCAGGGACAAGUGUUACACAGUGACCAAGCCUCAGUUCCUGAGUUUUAAAGCGGCUAACGAGCUGUGUCAUAGCCUGAGGGGAACGCUCCCGUCUAUCCGAGACCAAGCCGAACAGGACUUCAUCACCACCCUGUUGCCAGGGAAACCGAAAAAGCUUUGGAUUGGUUUGAAGGACAAUCAGUGGGUGGACAACACGCCAGUGAAGUACCACAACUUUAACCCCUUGAUCCACGGUCAACUGCGUCUUAUGUACAUAAAUUUGUUUGAGCAGGAUGGCUUGGGGCUGUGUGCCUAUGUGUUUAAUGAUCCCCAUUCAGACAUGCUGGGCACUUGGGACUACACUUCCUGCACUGAUGAGCAGAGCGUCGCUAUCUGCCAGCAUUAUGCAGAUAAGCAGGAGGAACCUGGGGUGACUGAGGGUGAGUUCCAAGCCAACAAUAACACGUUUAAGGUGGUUUUGAAGGAGAACGUGACCUGGUACGAUGCUCUGGAGUUAUGUAAGAAGAAUGGCAUGGACCUGGCCAGCGUGGCUGAUGCGUACCAGCAGGCUGUGCUCACCGUACACGUCAGCAGAGCUCGGGAACCGCUCUGGAUCGGACUGUUCAGCGGAAAUGACCAGCUGUACCAGUGGACAGAUCACAGUCACACUGUGUUUAGCCGCUGGGGCUCAGAGGACGCUGCAGGGGGAUGCGUUUAUCUGGACAGCGAUGGCUUCUGGAAGGCCACAGAAUGUGGGGAGGAGCUAAACGGGGCUAUCUGUCGCAUGCCACAAGACAACAUCAUCAAACCUUCUGACGACACUAAAAAGUGUCCACAUGAGAGCAACGGACCCAACUGGAUCCCAUUCAAAAACAGUUGCUACACGUUUCUGCUCCGGGCCGCGAGAUGGCAGGGGCAUGACAAGGACAACGAGCAGCAGACAUGCCAACGUCUCGUUGGAAAUGGUGACCUUCUGACCAUUCGGGAUGAAGAAGAGAAUGAAUUCAUUAAAAACCAGCUUCAGCCAUUUAAAGACUUGGCAUCGUUUGUGUGGCUGGGGAUGUACAGAGACAAGAAAGGCGGGAAACUGAAAUGGUACGACGAUACCUACGUCCAGUACUCCAACUGGAAAAGUGGAAGACCGACAGCCACGGAGCACUUCAUGGCUGGUCUGAGCCUGUCUGGAGAAUGGUACCUGUUUGAGCAGGAAAGCCUCUUUAAACAUUUCAAGCAGAGGACCAUCGUGGUUUGCAAAAUUGAAAACAAUCCCAAAGAGGAGUACCGAAAGGACCCGACUGAUGUGAAAACUCCGUCUGGCUAUAACUUCCGCUUGGUUGCUAAGAAACUGAACUGGUAUCAGGCCCUGCAGGAAUGCGGAAGUGACGGUGGCCAUCUUGUUAGCAUUCACAACGAAACAACCAACCGAGAUAUGGCACUGAUCGCUCAGCGAGACGGAUUUCCUCUCUGGACCGGUCUUUCCAGGCUAGAUUUCAGCGGUUGGCCUUACGAGUGGUCCGACGGGACGGCGUUGCAGUUCCAGCCUGAAGGCUUUCUGAGUCCGGACUCUGUUUCGGAGGGGAAAUGUGUGUACGUGGACUCUAAAGGCAGCUGGACUGCAGUCAGCUGUCUUGCUGAGAUGGAGGGUGCCAUUUGUUACACCAGCAAACAAAAGUCUCAGGUCGCUGCUCGGUCCAGUGUUAACUGUCCUGCGAGUAACGGAGAUGUUUCCUGGCUCCAGUAUAAAGACCACUGUUAUGCCAUCGUCAGGACCCUUUCCAACUACUCGGUCUUCUCCAAUAACCAUGCGCAAAAUGUCUGUAAGGAACUGGAACCCUCCUCUCAGCUUCUGACCAUUAAGAGCAUGGACGAGAACGACUUUGUCACACGGCACGUCGCCGAAAACCCUCUCGCCACCUCCCGUGUUUGGCUGGGGCUAAGAACGAGCGACAAAGAUAAGGCUGCUGUGUGGAUGGAUGGUAGCGCACUAGACUUCUCCAACUGGGCACACUUUCAGCCCCGCCCCGGUUGUGCCGUCCUGGUGUCCACGAACGGAACGUGGAGCACGGCGAACUGCACCGAGAGCCGCGGCCGCGUCGUCUGCAAGGCACCUGCCAAAUCGCAAGGUACUCCCGUGGCCUUGUUUUUUUUCAUCAUCGUGCUGCUCUGCGUCGUCGCUGUCGUGGUCUUCGUCCUGUAUAAAAAGACCCGGCACCGCUACUCCUCUACAGUACGCUACCGGAGGAAUUACGACGAAGCAGACAGCGCCAGUAUGAUCGCAGAGACCGAGUGAGCGUUCAACGUGCGGUUAGUAAACCGUGACAAAGCAAAAGCAGUUUCCUGUGCCUUCCAGUGUUAGGACUCGACACAUUCAAACAUCUGUCUCAACCAAAAGGAGUUCAUUUAUGAUUUCACUGUUAAUACUGAUCAGCCCGACAGCUGCAGGGUUUGCAAUUAAUAUACUAAAGGAAUGUCCAAUGAUUUUGUAGAUAUGCAUAAACUUGGCAGUUUGUUUUUAUUUAAAUUUCCUGAAUGAUUUUUUUUGUAUAUUUUAAUAAGAAGACAAAUAUUGGACAUGCUGUGUUUUUAUGUGUUUGUUUGUGCCGUUCUGUGGCAUCCUCGGAUUGAAUUUUAGGCCUGACCAGGGUUUUUUUUUUUCCCCCCCUGGCAAUUCUUCUGAACAGGAAUUAAUUGCACUUAAUGCCAAACUGGGAUGGUUUUUAAAGCUUUAAUGCCUUUCUUCUUGUGUGCGUUUGGUUUCUACUAAUAUUUUACACCUGUUCUGUAAAAUAUCAAACUACUGUGCCACCAGUUCUGACCCACUCUUACUGUUUUUGUGCUGGGUCUGCUUUAAUCACCGUUUACUUUAGCUCAGCGACUCGGUAAAUUCGAUAAACAAUUCUGCCUAGCGACCAAAUCGAAUUUUUAAUUGGUCAAACCUCUGAUGACAGCUCACACCCAUUUAGCCCACGGAUGGUUAGGUGAAGCUUCAGUAUGCGCAUCUAAAUACUUCGUAACAAAAAGCAGUUUCCAUAACCGCACGUGUAUAAUCGUCCACAUUGUAACAUAGCACUCAAAACUCAUCUGCAUGUUACACAUAAUACAGCCAUUAUUUCACACUUCUACAGAGUAUUUACAGCACCAGAACGCCGUGACUGUCGAAUGUAUAUGAUGCCUUUAUAUGAUACGUGGCCUAACAGAGUUUACCUCUAUUAUUCUUUGCACUCAAAACUACUGAUAUGUAAUGCACUUUAAAUUCGUUUUCCUUGCGGACUGCUUACGAAUCCAAGCACAACAUGAGGGCGUUUUUGUAAAGAAUUUUUGAGAUAAUAUGCCGAAGCAGCACUCAAACAGCACAGGGAUGGAUGUUGUAUAUGAUCUGUAAAUAUCUUUUAGGCUUUUUCUUAUAUUCUUUUUCGAUGGAUGACAACCAAAGAGGCUUCUGAAAUCACAAAUCUGAUAAUAAUGUGAUCCUGCUCAGGUUUUCAUAUGCCCUGAUUCAAAAUAUGAACUAAAGCGAAUGUCUGAUUGUUGAACUUUGCAGUGGUCAUUUUGUUAAUCAAACUCACUCAAUAAAAUGCUGUCGAAAUGG